AUGUCCGAACCUACCCCCGCUGGAGCUGCCUUGAGCAAUGGCUCCGAGAGCACCAGCACAUCAAAUGUCAAUACUGGAGAUAACGCGUCAGGGGUCAUGUCGACGAUAUCCGUUCUCUCCUACAAUGCGGCGUUUGCAUCCGACCACUUUAUGAACCCUAUACCCUUGCCUGCGGACAUACCUUUUGCUACAGUGUCAUGUCUAACAUCAUGGUUUGUUGGUGGGAGGCACAACAAGACAUGCCCGGACUGUCGAGCACCGGUGAAAGCGCAACCAGCUCCCGCUUACUUGGUCCGCGCUGUUGUUCAAAUGUUCACAAGUCGCCCGGAGCUGCUUGAUAAGGGCGAGACCACAGACGAACACCUAAGCCAUCAACGCGAAGAAGCGGAGCGACUGGAAAAAGACAAGGCCAACACACACCCGCGGGAAGGGGGCCUGUUCCGUGGUACGUUCAACAAGAAGCUUCCAGUCGCGCAACCUAUCGUGGACCUCGAGGACAAUGUUGUGCGUUGUCCACGUUGUUCCUGGGAGCUAGAGGAAGAUGAAGGAUGUGCACAAUGCGGGUAUCGACAAGAUGAUGAGUCUGUGACUGGAAGUUCAGGCUGGAGUGAGUCAGACGAAAACUCCGAGAUGACGGACUAUUUGGAAGACGAUGAUGAGAUUGAAGAUGGGUUUGGGGACGCGGAUGAAUAUGGCUGGGAUCCCAGCCAUGACCAGCUGCCCCUUGAUAUUCAACCUGCCGACAUAGACCAACUUUAUCGUCAGUGGUAUGGCCUAGCGCCUGGCGACCUUCCGGGUGUGCGCACAACUGGGCCUUUUCGCCGGCAGAACCAUUAUGGCUGGCCUUCUGGAGUUUCGUCAGCUCUCGAGGAAGAUAGCGACAUGGACGAUGAGGACGAGGAUGCAGACAUGGAUUCGUUCAUCGACGAUGACUUGGAACACGAUGAUUAUUCAGAAUCUGACCGAUCCACAGUGGUUGGGCGGCAUGAAAUUUCGGUCACCCACACUAUUGGAACUGACUUGUCAACCUUUGAUGAGAUGUCUGAGGAAAGCGACGAGGAGAGCCUGGACGAUGAAAGUCAUGAUGACGACGACGAUGACGAUGACGAUGAUGACGAGGAUCCGAUUCUGCCUCCUGUUGGUGGCAUUCGGCGCAAUCGCAUCCAAACCUACCGAAUACAGUCGAGUUCGCCAUCUUGCGAGAAUGGGACUUCCGGUACAGCGUCGGGACGCAGUGAAUCCAGAUCCCAGGGAGAUAUCCGUCAUGAUCCACGGUUACAACAGCAAGUGUCCGCUGGAUCUACUGUCAUGAAUGCAAUCAGCGUGGAUGACGAUUCUGACGAAGGCCCCGUGCGACCAACUAGGCGGACAAGAGACAGGGGCAAUCGCCGACCCUCGGCCUAUUAA